AAGAUUUGAAAAAAAUUUAAUUUUUGCAGAGAUGAUAUCUGCAAAUGACAACAUUUACCGUGCACCGGCAAGCACAUGUUCAGUAGAUCGUAGAGAAUUAUUCACAUUUGAUACUCGUGCAUUUGUUUAUGGGAUGCAGCCUAAAGCAGUUCAAGGAAUGCUGGAUUAUGACUUUAUAUGUGGUAGAAAGACGCCAUCUGUGGCAGCAAUUAUAUAUACAUUUGGGGGGCAGUUUGUUUCUAAGAUGUAUUGGGGAACAAAAGAAACACUUUUGCCAGUAUAUCAGUCAAUUUCAGUUGCUGUAUCAAAGCAUUCUGAUGUGGAUGUUGUUGUUAACUUCGCGUCAAGUCGAUCAGUUUAUUCUAGCACGAUGGAGCUUCUUGAAUAUCCUCAAAUUAGAACGAUUGUAAUUAUUGCGGAAGGAGUUCCGGAACGUCAUUCUCGUGAGAUUUCUUAUAAGGCAAGAACUUUAGGUGUUGUUAUUAUUGGGCCAGCUACAGUUGGUGGUAUUAAAGCAGGAUGUUUUAAGCUUGGAAAUACUGGUGGGAUGAUGGAUAAUAUUGUUGCAUCAAAGCUUUAUCGUCCAGGAUCUGUAGGAUAUGUUUCUAAGUCCGGAGGUAUGUCAAAUGAACUAAAUAAUAUUAUUUCCCAAGUUACGGAUGGUGUUUAUGAGGGAAUUGCUAUUGGUGGUGAUCGUUAUCCGGGAACUACGUUUAUAGAUCAUCUUUUGCGUUAUGAAGCGGAUUCUAAAUGUAAAAUACUUCUUCUUCUUGGUGAGGUAGGUGGUGUUGAAGAGUAUUCCGUGAUUGAGGCUGUAAAAAAUGGGACUAUUAAGAAGCCUUUGAUUGCUUGGUGCAUUGGAACUUGUGCAUCUAUGUUUAAUGUUGAAAUACAGUUUGGGCAUGCGGGGGCAUUAGCUAAUUCUGCCCUUGAAACUGCGUCUGCUAAGAACAGGGCAAUGCGUGAAGCUGGGAUUCAUGUCCCUUGUGUUUUUGAAGAGCUUCCUCAACUUCUUAAAAAGAUUUAUGAUAAUCUUCUUGCUGAGGGUGUUAUUGUUAAAAAAGAAGAACCUUCUGUUCCUAAAAUACCCAUGGACUAUGCUUGGGCUCAAGAACUUGGCCUCAUUAGGAGGCCUGCUGCAUUUAUUUCUACUAUUUCUGAUGAUAGAGGACAAGAACUUCUUUACGCUGGCAUGCCUAUAUCAGACGUUUUUAAAGAAGAUAUUGGUAUUGGCGGUGUGAUGAGUCUUCUUUGGUUUAGACGAAGACUUCCUUCCUAUGCUUCUAAGUUUUUCGAAAUGGUACUUAUGCUUACUGCAGAUCAUGGCCCAGCUGUAUCUGCUGCUAUGAAUACCAUUAUUACUACUCGUGCUGGAAAAGAUCUUGUUUCAUCCCUUGUUUCAGGGCUUUUAACAAUUGGUACUAGAUUCGGAGGUGCAUUAGAUAGUGCAGCUGAAGAAUUUACCAGAGCUAUGGAUAAAGGAUUUUCUCCUAGGGAUUUUGUUGAUAGUAUGAGGAAACAGAACAAAUUAAUUCCUGGAAUUGGUCAUAAAGUUAAAUCUAGAAAUAAUCCUGAUCUUCGUGUAGAAAUUGUCAAAGAAUAUGCUAAAAAGCAUUUUCCUUCUACUAAACUUUUGGAAUAUGCAUUAGCUGUUGAAACUAUAACUACUUCUAAAAAAGAUAAUCUUAUUUUAAAUGUCGAUGGAUGUGUUGCUGUUUGCAUUGUUGAUUUAUUAAGGAAUUGUGGUGCAUUUACUAUGGAAGAAGUUGAAGAUUAUUUAAAGAUGGGUGUUCUUAAUGGGCUUUUUGUAUUGGGAAGAAGUAUUGGACUCAUUGGACAUUUUUUAGAUCAAAAAAGACUUCGUACUGGUUUAUAUAGACAUCCUUGGGAUGACUUUUUAUAUCUAGGAUUAGAUAAACAUGUACCGGGAGGGAACAUGCGAGCACUUGUUUAGUUUUUAUAAGAAUUAAUAUUUAUUUAAUGGGAAUAAUUAUAUAGAUGA